UUCAUUCAGUAAUAAAAACCCACCACAGAAUAAAAUGGGGCGGAGGCUAGGGUUUAGCAGUGAUCUCUCUAACAGCUCGCACUAUAAAACAGCCGUCUACUCCUCUCGUCGGAUCUGAGCUACUAAGCCCCAAGCUAAAAUCCAGUGGUAUUUGUGAAGGCUAUCUUGAGAAGUUCUAAUUAAUUUCAAGAUGAGUCGGCCAAUGGAAGAAGAGGGUGGAAAGAAUGAGGAGGAGGAGUUCAACACUGGACCCCUUUCGGUACUCAUGAUGAGUGUAAAAAAUAACACACAGGUACUCAUAAAUUGUCGGAACAACAAAAAACUUCUGGGUCGUGUUAGAGCCUUUGAUCGACACUGCAACAUGGUUCUUGAAAAUGUCAGAGAGAUGUGGACUGAGGUACCAAAGACAGGGAAAGGCAAGAAAAAGGCCAUGCCAGUCAACAAGGAUAGAUUCAUUAGUAAGAUGUUCCUCCGCGGGGAUUCUGUAAUUAUUGUUCUUAGGAACCCUAAGUGAGUGAAAGCUGCUUUUCAAGUUGAUGGAUACUCUUUUGAGUGGCUAUUAAUGUACUGAAAUGUGUAAUUGGGUGCUAUUAUUGUGUCUUUUAAACUUGGUUUAGCAGCCUUUGAGACCCCCCAAAAUCAGAAGGUUAAUAUUGACAGUCAAAACGAAUUGAGUUGCGAUGUAUGUUUAGGCUAUGUAGCUAUCUUAGUACAAUUAACGUUUAGUUGUUAACCUUGUGAAGUUGAGAAGUUGCAAUUAUAUAUUGUUGUUAUUUUCA